GAAAGGACACAAGAAGGAACAAAAAGGAUUACACUAACGCUCUAAAGCUUUACAUUUUACGCACUUAGGCCAAAAGUUUCGCAUUAAGAUUGCCGGACUACCGAUGUAGUUACGAUGGCGGUCGAAAAAUUAUGAAACUCUAUUCCGAGAGAUACACGCGCUGCGUUGUGUACGCCGGUGAUUAUUUUAGCGUGGAUUAGAGUGGUCAAGAUGCGGCAAGGGAGAGAAGCUGUCCUCGCGAACAGGACUUUUGAAGCAAUAACACGCUCACAGACCUGAAGGAUAUCGAGUCAGCAUUAUGUGUGUCGCGCAGCUGUAGGUGUCUUCUUUUUCUCCAGUACAUGUAUCCCAGGUACGGCCUGAUGCCCUACAGGGCAGCCUACGUCUCCUUCCAUUGGAACCUCAUGCGCGGACUCAGCUUCAGCGUGGACUUUACCCGAGCCGAACGCCAGAAGCACAAGGGGGACAGCCGGAGUAGGUGGCCGCCGUAUUGGCUGUCUCUGGCCUACUUCGUCUACUUGCCCACGGUCUACCUGGGACCGCCGCUGAACUACGACGACUUCGUAGCCCAGCUGAACAAGACGAGACCAAGCUGCACGCCGCGGGUGAUCGCUGGAGCCGUCGCGAGGUUGCUUCGUUCCGGCGCCCACUUCUUUUUCGUGGAACUCAUGGGCCACUUCUUCUACAGUUCGGCGAUGUCCGAGUGGCCCUGGAUGGUCAAUAAACUGGACCUCCCCAGCCUGGUGGGCUACGCCCUGUCCCUGUUGUUCGUCUUCUACGUGAGUUACCAGUUCACCUAUGGUUUUGCCGGCGCCCUCGCCAACGCGGAAGGUGUCGAGGUCCCGCCACGCUCUCCGUGCAUAGCCGUAAUGCACCGGUGCUCGCACUUUUGGAGGAACUUCGACCGAGGCAUGCACCUAUGGAUCCGAAGCUACAUCUACGAGCCGGUCGUGCGUGGCAACCGCACACCGUUUCGGUUGGUGCUGGGCACGGCGGUGGCCUUCUCCUUCAACUGGCUCUGGCACAGCAUGCACACAAACGACGGCAUCUGGUGCGCGCUCAGCGUUCUCGGCAUUGCCCUCGAGGUGAUCACCGCAGAAGCUAGAAAGUGGACGCCCGUCAAGAACUUUGAGGUAUGGAGUGCAUUAAUGUUUUUCACCGCGCUCCCGCUGACACCACCAUGUUUAAUCACGUGGGGAUCAGCGCCGCCCUGUACCAUGAAGCGCCUCAUGAUGUUAGCCCCAGAGAAAGCAAGCAAAGCCACAGUGAGUAUAGACGGUUUGCCCAGCAUCUACAAUUUCAAGCAAUUGCACUUCCACUGGGGCGCCAAGUCCACAGAGGGCAGCGAACAUCAUGUUGAUGGCAAAUCAAAUGCCAUGGAGAUGCACCUGGUACAUAUCAACACUGAAUACGGCAGUGCAAGAGAAGCUUACAAGCACCCCGACGGGUUUUUAGUUGUCGGCGUUCUUUGCAAGGUACAGCCUUGA